ACCUUGUGGUUUUCUCUGCCUUGCUCGCUCUCGCUCUCGCUCUCGCUCUCUUUCUGCGUCUGCGUUAUCGUGCGCUUCUCAAAUAAUCUCCUCCUCAUAGUUUCGUCUUCUUCCCGAUCUCAUCACUGUGAGUCAUGGACUUCCAAUCCAUCGCCCUAAUUUCUCGAUCGAAUCCAAUUUUUUAUAGAUCCCUGAUGCAUUCACGGAUUAUAUUUUGCUACUGAUUUCAUCGGCCAUUGUUAUCACUUGUCAAUUCGUUAUCUCAUUGGUUUUUAACGUUUGAAUUCAGAACCAGCUUCGCUUUUCGGUUUUUGUCGGAUUUACAAUUGUGAUAAGGGCAAUCAUGAGUGACGAAGGAGAAAGGACCUGUCCUCUCUGCGCAGAAGAGAUGGAUUUGACAGAUCAGCAGUUGAAACCAUGCAAAUGUGGUUAUGAGAUAUGUGUCUGGUGUUGGCAUCACAUAAUGGACAUGGCUGAGAAGGAUGACACAGAGGGACGAUGCCCUGCAUGUCGAUCUCCUUAUGAUAAGGAAAAGAUUGUUGGGAUGGCUGCAAACUGUGAGAGAUUGGUGGCUGGAGUUCAUAUGGAAAGAAAAAUGAAGAACCAGAAAGCAAAGUCCAAAUCAUCUGAAGCACGGAAGCAGCUCAGCAGUGUGCGAGUGAUUCAGAGAAACCUUGUUUACAUAGUGGGAUUGCCACUCAAUCUGGCAGAUGAAGAUCUUCUCCAGCAGCGAGAGUAUUUUGGUCAGUACGGGAAGGUCUUAAAAGUGUCAAUGUCUCGGACAGCAGCUGGUGUUGUUCAGCAGUUUCCGAACAAUACAUGUAGUGUGUAAAUAUAUUACUUAUUCAAAGGAAGAAGAAGCAAUUCGAUGCAUUCAGAGUGUACAUGGAUUUAUUUUGGAGGGCAGACCUUUAAGGGCUAGUUUUGGAACCACUAAAUAUUGUCAUGCGUGGCUCAGAAACAUGCCUUGCAGCAAUCCGGAUUGUCUAUAUCUGCAUGAGAUUGGCUCUCAAGAAGAUAGUUUCACAAAAGAUGAAAUAAUUUCAGCAUACACUAGUCGUGUUCAACAAAUUACCGGUGCUGCAAACAAUAUGCAACGGCGAUCAGGGAAUGUAUUGCCUCCUCCAUUGGAUGAUUGCACAAAUAUUUCGUCAGGAAAACCAAUUGUAAAAAAUGCAUCGAGUACCUCUGUUAGCAUUGUUAGAGGUUCACCUCCUAAUGGAAGUUCUGUGACGCCUAUAGCUCUUCCUGCUGCUGCAUGGGGUACACGGGCUACAAAUUGUCAGCCAGGUGCUGCUGGUCUGUUAUGUCCAAAUGGACCAUCCAAGCCUAAACCUGAUACAAUCAGCAGCACAGUUCCCUUCUCUUCUGCUGUUGUAGGCACAGUACAGACUUCAUUAAAUAGUGAAUUGACAAAGAAGCCAUUGUUGAGUGGUGGGAGUCAUAGUAUGACACCUGGGGUUAAAAAUGAAUUAUUGAAACCUGAUAAACAAUAUAAAAGCAUGGAUAUCCUUGCUAGUGCUGUUGAAAAAACUUUGGCUUCCGAUGUUUCUCUUUCACCUGUGAGUUUGAAUAACCAGUUGUCUUCUCUACCAUUAGCCAGAGAUAGUGAUACAGGCAGUUGUACUACAACAGACACAACAAAUUUUACUGACAUUACUGGACAGUCUUGCAGCUUUGGUCCUGAGGAAGCAAUUAUUUCUACUGGUGAAGAGAUUGAAAAUUUGUCGGACAAGUUCUCUUCUGUUUACAUUGAUAGAAAUGGCCAAAAUGAACAGUAUGGCCUAUCCAAACCUAGCAGCUCAAUUCCUGAUAGUGUUUUGCCUAGAUCUAAGCAAUCUCAAGGGUCACUGCAGAAUGCUGACAAAUUUAGAGAUGCAAUAAUUACAAAUGCAGCCUGUAAAUUUGCUACAUUAGAUAAUGAGGUAUGUAAUUUAAAGGAACAGUGUGAUUUGGCUUUGGAUUCUCAAUCUCAUGCAGUAUCAGCUAAUGCUGAAGUGGAAGACGAUGUUAAAACUUUUGAUAAUCAGAGACUUAAGGAACCAGAAGUUGUUUGUCAUUCUUAUUUGCCAAAGCCAGCAAGUUUCCUUCAUCUCUCAAACCAUUCUAGUUCUCAUCCUCUGCAGCAUGGUGAACCAUGUAAUAUUGUAAAUGCUUGUUCUUUAGAUGCCACUGAUAAAGUUGGGAAUGACUCACUAUUACAUGCAUCUAACAUGUGCAACAAGUAUUCUAAAAAAUCAGUCAGCACCAGCUCUUAUGGAUUCCUUUGUGAUGAAAGAAACAAGCACCGCACUAGAAGAUUAGUAAGUGAAGCAGUUAAUAUUGAAAGUGAUGCUGCUAUGGAUAAGGGUGAGAGCAGUAUAAUUUCAAAUAUAUUAUCCAUGGAGUUUGAUGCCUGGGAUGACUCACUAACAUCACCUGAGAGUUUGGCCAAGUUGUUGAGCGACAACCCUGAUAACCAGAAUGGUCCCCUGAAGAAAUCUAGUUCUUGGAAAGUUCAAAGUAACAAUCAGUCCAGAUUUUCUUUUGCAAGACAGGAAGAAUCCAAAAUCCAAGGCUAUCCAUCUUCUGGUUCCAACCAGCAAUUUACAAAGAGUGGCUCACUCAUUCAAGAUUUUGUGGAAAGAGACUUGCCUUUGGACAAUGUGGGUAUUGCAAAUGACUUCCCUGCCAAUAACCUGGAGGAACAUGGAAAUAUUGAUACUGGUCAUUUUGUUGCUUCAAAUAAGCUUUCUGCUGUUUCAAGAGCACAAAUUUCAGUGCCGCCAGGAUUUUCAGUUCCAAACAGGGCACCACCUCCUGGUUUCUCCUCUCUUGAGAGAAUGGGGCAGGCUUUUGACUCCCUUUCUGGGAAUUCAUUGCUCGAGUCUUCUUUCAUACUGAGGAAUUCAUAUCAAAUGCCCUCAACUGGAAAUAUUGGUGGUGCAGGAGACGUUGAAUUUAUGGAUCCUGCUAUUUUGGCAGUUGGUAAAGGGAGAAUUCAAGGUGCACCAAACAGCCCAGCACUGGACAUGCGAUCUAGUUACCCUGGACAAUUAAAUUACUUUGAAAAUGAGGCUAGAGUUCAAUUAUUGAUGCAGAGAUCUCUCUCACCGCAGCAAAACCUUCAAUUUUCUGACAUUGGGAAUACUUUCUGUCAGCUUGGUGAUUCUUAUGGUAUCUCUUCAAGGUUAAAUCAAUCACAAGUCAAUAAUCUGGCCUCACUUCCUCACUUGUCUCUGCAGCAAUCUAGAAAUGCAGUCUUGUCAAAUGGCCAAUGGGAUGGAUGGAAUGAAGUGCAGAGUGGAAAUAGACUGGGUAUGACUGAGCUUUUGAGAAACGAAAGACUUGGAUUUAACAAGUUUUAUAGAGGAUAUGAUGAUUCAAAAUAUAGGAUGCCAAAUUCUGGGGAUCUGUACAACAGGACAUUUGGAAUCUGAAUUUGUUGGCUUUAUUAUAUUUCUGAAUGUUGGCCAUGGUAAAGUCAUCAGAAAUAGACAAACAGAUUUUUCUGCAUUGCCAAAGAUGAUGGGGCUGGUUCAUUCAUAACCGGUCUGUUGGGCUACCUAAUGAUAAAACUCUCAAGAAGUGUAGUUUAUAGCUGCAGCCGUUCUGGAUUUUGUGGAAGAAGCUGUGUUGAGAUUUAAGAAAUCAAUCGUGGAUUGAAACAUGACCGAAUGGCAGGUAGAUCUUAGUUUUCUCUUAGAAGUACAGAGCAUGGAAACUUGUUGAUUGACAAUCGAAAUAAUAUUGUCCUAUAUUUGGUAUAGAAAAGGGUUUGAUGGAAUGAUUCAGUGGAAAUAAUUUGAGCAGUAGUUUUUCAUCUUGGUAGUGUUUUUAUAUUUAUAUUUGUAUAAAAUAGAUCACUUUUUAACUUAGAAAUUCCUUCUGAUAUGUGAACGCCAUUGCUAAGCAGAUCUAGUGGCUUUUUAACCGAUCUUUUACUAAUUUUGUUUCUUUCGUUUGUGCAUUUUUUUAAUUAUUUUUUAGUGCAGUUAAUCACUGUAUAUGUGCCCAAGAGGAUAAGAAUUUGAUGUCUUGAUCUAUAAACUACGUUGUCCUGCUUUGUUUGGUUUAUACGCUU